AUGGAGAAAGACAGGUUGAUACAAUUGUGGAUGGCAAACGGUUUUAUUCCAUCUAAAGAACAAACGACAUUACAUAAUAUGGGCCAUGGGAUUUUCUGGGACUUGGUUUGGAGGUCCUUCUUACAAGAUGUGGAAGAGAAAAACGAUGGAACAAUAUUAUGUAAAAUGCAUGAUCUUAUGCAUGAUCUUGCACAAUCUAUUAUGAGAUAUGAAUGCUCUAUUGUGGAGCCUCACGAGGCGACGAAAAUUCCAGAUAAAAUUCGUCACUUGUCUUUUAAUAUUGGCUUUGGAAAGAUGGCUCCUUGGAAUGAGAUUGUAUUUGAAGUCCCAUCUUUGCAGUCUGUCUUUCUAUUUUCCAAGGACAAUAUUGCUUCACCUUGCAUUUCAAAACAAAAGUAUCUUAGAGUGUUGGAUUUUGGUAAAAAUGUUGAUGAGAAGUUGUCAAUGUCAAUUUCCAAUUUCAACCAUCUUAGGUAUUUGGACAUGUCGUACUCUAAUAUGGAAAUUCUACCGGAAUCAAUAAGUAAUCUCCAAAACCUGCAGACCCUAAAGCUAAGACAUUCUGCACUUCGUAAGUUGCCCAAACACAUGAAGCACAUGAGAAAUCUCACUUACUUGGACAUCACAGGGUGUAAUUUUCUUACUUCAAUGCCAGAUAAAAUGGGACAAUUAACUUGCCUACAAAGACUAAGCAUGUUCAUUGUAGGCCAAGAUGAGGGUUACCAAAUUGGUGAGUUAAAAGAAUUAAAUCUUGGGGGUACGUUGAGCAUAAAGAGACUCGAGAACAAGUUGAGCAUAAAUUUCUUCCAAGGUUCAAAGUUUCCAGAUUGGAUGUUGGGUUUGGUUCUUAAAAAACUGGUUGAAAUCUCUUUAAUAGAUUGUGAAAGAUGUGAACAUCUUCCUCCUCUUGGCAAACUACAAUCCCUAAAAAUUCUUGAGAUCAAACGCAUGUGUUCUCUUAAGUACUUCAACCAUGGGGAUUAUGGAGAUGGGGAAAGAUCAUUUCCUGCAUUGAAGACUCUCGAGUUCUAUGAAAUGCCAAGCUUGGAGGAAUGGGCAAUAGUGGAUAGAGGAGAAAUUUGCCCUUGCCUACAGGAGUUAGUGAUAUCUGGAUGCCCCAAAUUGACUAAAUUGCCUUUUCUUCCAGCACUUGAGAGCUUAACAAUUGAGGGAGGCAAUGAAAUGUUAUUUAGGUCCGUGAUUAAUCUUACUUCAAUUUCCGUUUUUCGGAUA